GACAGCAACAACAGCAACAACAACAGCAACAACUUUUAAAACAAUUAGAACUUCAAGAAUUACAAAAGCAACAACAAACUGAAUUAUUUAAACAGCAAAUGAUGCAAAAAUUGAGAUUGGAAGAGGAACAAAAGCAACAACAACAACAACAACAAAAUAACUUAAAAUUACAAUUGCUACAACAGCAGCAGCAGCAAGAGCAAGAAAGGCAAAAACAAUUACAAUUACAGCAGCAGCAAGAGCAAGAAAGGCAAAAACAAUUACAAUUGAACAUCAAAGGAUCCAAGCCAGAAUCAAAAAUAUCAAAAAUAAUAAAAGAAGAAGAAACGGGCGAUUUGGAAAAUCAUGAUCAUCCUACAGAUUUCUUUAAUGAUGCCUAUAGAGUAACCAGAAUCAAAUCUGAAAAUUUAGAGAUGGAGGUUCUCAACAAAAAUCAUAAAGAGGAUGACGAAAAUGCCAACAGCGGAAAUAAUAAUAAACUUAAUAAAAUUCCAUCUAUCUCAAAGAACUAUAGACCUCGUCCAAAUGAUAGCACAAAUAAUAACAACAUACCGAAAUCUGAAUCAGGACCUCGUAGACAAAAAUCUCUUAUAAGACCUGAGCGUGCAAGGAGAAAUCAACGUAGAAUAAGUAGAGGUGUGACAAAUUUUGCUGUCGAUGAUUCCACUGAGAGAUGGAGUAUCCUUCCUCCAAAUGCUCUUAAUAUUACUGCUAAUGGCAGUGUCGGGGCUGGUGGUAAUGGCGACGGUGGCGAUGAGAGACGUUUGAGUCGACCACUUAAUAGAAGACUUUCAACGAGAGAACCACCUAAAAAAAGAAAGUGGUAUAAAUGUCAAUGCUUUUCCACUUGGUUAAUAUAUACCAACUGUGUCACUUGUUGUAUUCCUCCUUCUCUAUUAUCUUGUUUUGGUAUGCAUGAUAAAUUGGUUCAAAGAGCUUGGAGAGAAAAAAUGGCUUUGGUAUCUAUAAUAUUGAUUCUUUGUGCCGCCGUGGGUUUCUUGACUUUUGGUUUCACUCAAGCUUUAUGUGGCAUACCUCCACCAAGAGUUCGUGUAGGCGGUGUCAGUCUGCAACAAGCUGUCAUACUAGGUAGUAUCUAUGAUCUAACCGACUAUCCACAUCCUGUUGAAUUACCUGAUAUCACUGAGAAAAAGGGCGGGAAUUUAUUGAAUGGUUUGGCCGGUGGAAAGGAUAUAUCAUUUUUAUUUCAAACUCUAAAUAACGAAUGUAAAAAUAUUCUAAUACCCAAAAAUGGAAAACUUCAAAACUAUUUCCCUUGUAAUGCAACUGAUGCAAUUGAUGAUUUUUCGGAUCUUAAGCCUACUGAUAAUCCUAUUAAUUUUGGGUGUCAUGAUGUCGACGUUUCAAAAUCUGAUAUUAAUGCUUUAAUUUAUGUCGGUGACGUAUUUUUCGAUUGGGAUGAUGUACAAAGAGGUGAUCGCAAUUUUGUUGUUCAUAAUGGUAAUGUGCUCGAUUUGGGAAAACUUAAAUAUUUGGUUCCAAACAUUGAGAUGAUUCCGUUACUAAAGCAAAUCAGUGUGACCGAAAUUGACAAUUAUCGAGGUCGUGAUCUAACUUAUUACAUGCAGCAAAAUGUGGAUCGCAUCCAAUUAGCAAAAUGUUUAGAGGAGACAAUCAGAGUUGGUGUUGUAGAUUUUAAUUCAAUAGGGUGUAUGAUCACUGAUGUUGUAACUUAUGUUUCGUUGAUGGUAAUCGUUGGUGUGGUAUUGGUCAGAUUUUCUUUGGCCGUAUUGUUUGGUUGGAUAUUAAGUUGGAGAUUGGGCAGUUUUCGUGAGGAAACCGCAGAGUAUUUAGUUCAUUAUGUUAGAAUCUCGUAUUAG